AGAAUCGCUUGAGCGCCGGUGCGGAUUCGAAACGACGCCGCCUACAAUACGACAAUUUCGCUCGAUCACUGCAAGCACCGUCCACACAAGCGCAUAAAUCAUCAUCAUGGCAGCCUUUGGAGGGCAGACGCCCACAAUCAUCGUCCUUAAAGAGGGCACCGAUGCUUCUCAAGGCAAAGGACAAGUUCUCUCCAACAUUAAUGCCUGCCUCGCGGUUCAGAACACUAUCAAGUCGACUCUCGGUCCCUAUGGCGGCGACCUUCUGCUGGUGGACGCCAAUGGACGACAGACGAUUACAAAUGACGGUGCCACAGUCAUGAAGUUACUCGACAUUGUCCACCCCGCCGCCCGCAUCCUCACAGAUAUCGCACGAUCGCAGGACGCCGAGGUUGGCGACGGCACUACCAGCGUGGUCGUCUUAGCCGGAGAAAUCCUCAAGGAGAUCAAAGAGUUUGUCGAACAGGGUGUCAGCACACAGACCAUUAUCAAGGGCUUACGGCGGGCGAGUCAGAUGGCCAUCAACAAGGUCAAGGAAAUCAGCAUCAACACUCAUGAAGGCAACAAGUACGACACAUUGAGAAAACUCGCUGCGACGGCCAUGAGUUCCAAGUUGAUUCAUCGCAACGCCGACUUUUUCACAAAGAUGGUUGUCGAUGCCGUGCUUUCACUGGACCAAGAAGACCUCAACGAGAAGUUAAUUGGAAUCAAGAAGAUCACAGGUGGCGCUCUCGAAGACUCGCUGUUCGUGGACGGAGUGGCAUUCAAGAAGACAUUUUCAUAUGCUGGAUUCGAACAGCAACCCAAAAGCUUCAAGAACCCCAAGAUCGUCGCCCUGAAUGUGGAACUAGAGCUUAAAGCCGAGAAGGACAAUGCCGAGGUGCGAGUCGAACAGGUUUCGGAGUAUCAAGCAAUCGUGGACGCCGAGUGGCAGAUCAUCUACAACAAGAUGGAGGCUCUUUAUAAGACUGGGGCAAAGGUAGUGCUGUCAAAACUGCCUAUUGGUGACCUGGCGACACAAUACUUUGCUGACAGGGAUAUUUUCUGUGCUGGCCGUGUUGCGUCGGAGGAUCUGGAGCGAGUGUGCCAAGCUACGGGGGCAGUGAUACAGUCGACGUGCUCGGACAUCCAGCCUUCACAUCUCGGCACCUGUGGUCAAUUUGACGAGCGACAGAUUGGCGGAGAGCGAUACAACUUGUUUAGCGAUUGCCCCGAAGCCAAGACAUGCACGUUGAUAUUGAGGGGAGGCGCAGAACAGUUCAUUGCCGAGGUCGAACGAUCAUUACACGAUGCCAUCAUGAUUGUCAAACGAGCUCUGAAAAAUAACACGAUCGUGGCAGGUGGUGGAGCAACGGAGAUGGAAGUGUCGGGGUACAUUCAUCAAUACGCCGACAAGAAUGUACCACACAAGCAGCAAGCUGUGGUCAAGGCAUUUGCCAAAGCUUUGGAAAUCAUUCCUCGUCAAUUGUGCGACAAUGCUGGAUUUGAUGCCACCGACAUUCUCAACCGUCUCCGUGUCGAUCAUCGGAAAGGAAACGUGUGGGCGGGUGUGGAUUUUGACCACGAAGGCGUGAGAAACAACAUGGAAGCAUUUGUAUGGGAACCCGCACUGGUCAAGGUGAAUGCGAUUGCGGCAGCUGUCGAAGCAGCAUGCUUGAUCCUUAGUGUGGACGAGACCAUCAAGAACGAAGAAAGUCAACAGCCUCAAGCGCCUCAAAGAGGCCUUCCCCCGGGAGCGGCUCAGAGAGCAUUGAGAGGAAGGGGACGAGGCAUGCCCAGACGUUGAAAAGGGGUCAACCGCAAAAAAAUCAUGCUCGCCAAAAGGAGACAAGGUCCUGCGCCCAUGGGGAAUCACGUCCCAGAGUCGAGCGGCCUUCCGUUCGUUGGCUACCUUAGGUUCGAACUAGAGCCUGCAGAAUCUUGGCAAUACAGUGAUGGCCUUCAAACAAGCCAACAGAAGGACUUGCUGACAAUCAUCAGAUUGUGCUGUCGAUGACAGAAGCUCUAGUUGCGGAUGCCCCCAUCACAUGCCCUGAACAAGAUUGUGGUGCGAGCCUGGCGAUAACGGGUUCGCUCAUGCCAACAAACCUUACCUACUUACGACAUGUAGCAUUGCCAUCAUGAAAAGAGUCACGAGUAAGACGACGGUUUAGCGUUGGUAGCAUGUAGCAGUCCAUAGGCGGUGUGUCAUCAAUAGAGAAAACCCCAAGUCAUGGCGAGAGUGAGCACU